AUGGAUAUCUCUUCUAUGCCAAUGGAGACAAGAGAUGUCAAUCUCCAAGCUCAGACCAGACCUGGCCCCACAGGCGAUAUGUUUGUGUUGAUGGGCUGUUUUGGGGUGUUAUUGAUAACACCAGCCAUUGGAUUCCUUUACGAGGGACCCAAGCGCAAAAAGUUGGCGGACACGUUUUUCCAGAAGUACAUGACUGCCAAUUGCGUGAUUGUGCUCUGGUUUUUGUUGGGAAACUCCGUGGGCAGUACGCCAGGAUCGGAAUCCAAGUUGAUUGAAGGAAAGACAUUGGAGGGAGCCAUGCCUUCGGUGAUUAACUUUUGCUUCGAGAUGUUCUUUCCCGUUCCCACUGCGCAAUUGCUUUUGGCCAGUGUCGGUGAAAGAGGCCGCUCCCUUCCGUCUAUUAUCGUUGGGUGUAUCUGGGUGCUUUUGUGGAAUUACGGUGCAAACCACUGGCUGAAUUUGGGGUUGGACUUCGCUGGCGGAGGCCCUGCUCGUCUUGCCUCUGGUGUUACAGUGCUUGUGUACUCUUGGUACCUUGGUCGUAGAGGAAAGGAAGUGGGCAAAGACAGAAUCACUAAUGACGAAGACAACUCGUCUUUUAUUGGCGCCACGCUUGUUUGUGCAGCAUGGCUCAUGUUUAAUGCCAGCACUUUGGCUUUCAAUGGCAGAACAUGUUACAUUAUACUCAACACAAUCCUUGCUUUCUUCGCCCACUCGGUUAUUGAAAGAUUACUUAGGAGAAAAUUCUCACUUGAAUCUGCUUGUGAAGGACUUGUCAUAGGUUUGCUUGAUAUUACUCCAUCCUGUGGUUGCUACUGGCCAUGGGUAGCCGUUAUCACCUCCAUUUUCACUACUACCAUCUGUCGCUCUGUUGCGAGAUUCGGAAUCGAUAAUCACAGUCUCUCUUUUUUUCUUCACGGCAUAUGUGGAAUUAUUGUUGACAGUUUGGUUGGUCCCAAGUCUGCUUUCAGUGGAAAAAUCGCAGACUGGACCAAUGAACAAUGCAAGCAGUUAGUGUUCCAGAUUGGCGCAUGGAGUUCCCUUCUUGCUUGGACUGGUGUUGUAAGCUUGAUUACUUUGUUCAUAGUGGACAAUAUCCCGGGCAUGCAGUUGGAAGCAAGUACGAAAAACGAAGAAAAGGUGUAA